UUAAAGUUUACACACUCGUGGCAAAUUAUACAUUUUUUAAUGAUUGACAAUUUAGUUAACUAUAUACUUUACAACAGUUGAUUGAUGACUUCUUUUUUCGACUGUUGAAAAAUAAUGAAAAUCUCCCUUUUCAUCGACUCCGAUAACAUGAUAAGCCCAAAAUAGAUUCUCUGAUGCCCUUUUGAACCUUACGCUCCGUUUAUGUAUAUAACCCUCCACUUUUUCGGACGCAUAGACAAAGUAUCGAGGUUUUUCGGUUCUGCGAAGUUCAAUUACGCAUCAUGAAGCUUUUGUUAAAUUUAUUUCUCAUUGUUUCUUUACACCAGACAUUAGCAGCUUACAAUGUUGUGCUUAUUAUUGCUGAUGAUUUAGAUUCAGAGCUGGAUGGAAUGACUCCUCUGCCAAUGACAGGAGAAUUAAUUGGAAAUCAAGGAGCAACGUUUCUAAAUUCAUUUGUGGCAUCGCCAAUAUGUUGCCCCAACAGAGCCUCCAUCCUAACUGGAAAAUAUCAACACAAUCACAGAACAGUCAAUAAUACUAUAGCUGGUGGAUGCAGUAGUCCUGAAUGGCAGCGAACCUUUGAGCCAAAUACUUUUGGCGCUUACUUGAAGAGAGAGAUGAAUUACGCAACUUUUUACGCUGGAAAAUAUUUAAACAAAUACGGUUCAAGAGAAGCAGGUGGUGUGAGUCACGUUCCUGCAGGUUGGGACAACUGGUUUGGAUUGGUAGGGAACUCUAAAUAUUACGAUUACUCACUAUCCAUAAACGGAAGAGAGAAAAAAUAUGGGCAUAAUCCUGAAACGGACUAUCUCACGGAUGUUAUUAGAGAUUUUGCAGUUAAAUUCAUCAAUCGUCAGAGAAAUAGUCAGAACCCAUUCUUAAUGGUUUUGGCUCCUCCUGCUCCACACAGUCCUUUUCUUCCUGCAAGCCGACACAAUGACAAGUACAAGGGAAAACGGGCUGUCAGAACACCGAGCUUCAACAUCGGUCAACAAAAGAGAAAACAUUGGUUAGUGCGCAUGGGUCCAUCUCCUCUACCAAACCAUAUUCUUCCCAUUUUGGAUGAAACUUACAGACGAAGAUGGGAAACUUUAGCAGCGGUCGAUGAUUUAGUAUCAAAAGUUUAUACAACAUUGAAGAACAACAAUUUGUUGAAUAACACUUACAUUAUUUUUACAUCGGAUAAUGGUUACCACAUCGGACAAUUCUCUAUGCCAUUGGACAAGCGUCAACCCUACGAAACAGACAUAAAAGUACCGCUGCUGAUUCGCGGACCGGGAAUCUCACCUACAAGCGUUAUUGCACCCGUCAGUAGUGUCGAUUUAUUCGACACAAUUCUAAAAAUCGCCGGCGUCGAACACCCCUCGGACGGUGUGUCCAUUUUAAGUCCCCGAGUAGCACUCGAUCGAACACUUUUGGUGGAAUAUAAAGGCGAGAAAUCAAAAACACGACCUCAGACCGGAUGCCCAUCCGAUGGCGAUCUUAAUCUAUCGUAUUGUAGCAGCGAAUUCGCCUGCAAGUGCGAAGACGUCUGGAACAAUACGUACGCGUGCAUUCGCAGAGUUUCUCCCCAUCACAACAAUAUUUUUUGUAUUUUUGAGGACGAUGAGAAAUACGUAGAGGCUUACGAUUUACACGAGGAUCGAUAUCAACUAGAUAAUAUUGGAUAUACUAUGAAAAGAAAUCGAAGACACAGAUUCCGAAGGCGCCUAAAGGACAUGAUGACGUGCGAAGGAUCAGAUUGUGUUCGUACAGGACCGGACACGUGAUGAAAAUGCGAUAUCGAUGAUGAAUUUUUCUAAUCUAACUACUCAACGUGAACAAUUGAACUGGAUGGUUUCGAAAAACAUUUUUUUUUUCAUAAAAUUUAUAAACGUUUACUCUUACCUAUUUUUUUAAAUUCACGACAAGGAUGAAAGAAAAAUUUCAUCUUCAAGAUCGCAACGGAACCUUGUAGGACAUUCAUUCCAGUUUUCAGAACUGCCCAUGAAUUUCCUGUGCGACCAUUGGUUGCCGAGAUAUCGAGAUGAGUCGAAAUAGUCAGUAGCUAUUUUUUUAUAAAAAGAGGUUUACUUGAUUUUUGAUAUUCUGUUCUGAAAAUAUCGUUAGCAUGAUUCGGAACAUAGAAAAUGCAAAGAAACGUGAAAAAAAAUUGCGCUAUUACGGCAUGACAUUCGUACCGAAGUGCGGAUUUUCAAGGAAUUGUGAUAUUUGCGGGGAAUAGAUAAAUGAGAAAAUUCGUUAUCCUUUAUUGAAUUUUAUUAUUCCUGGCCGUAUGGAACUGACAAUGUGUUAUUGAUUUUUUCUUAUCUUUGUGUGAUCUCAAAUGUAUAUUGAUCGGUGCUAAAUACUUUUAUGGUAAACCAUAAUUCAAUCAAUGGCUCGCAGGUCGUCUAUGGAGUCUUCCAUGUGUGAACACCAUUGGAAGACUAGUAGAUUCAUAUGAACCCAUAAGGCAUGAUCCCCUGGAUGAAGAAUCGCGACACAAACUCAACGCAAUCAGGGAAAGCAUGAAGAAGCAACUGUUAGAUUUGAUUCCCAGGGUUAAACAACAUCAGCCGGUUCAAAUGUAUAUAGCCAUGAGUUUCAGACUUUCAAGUACUGGAAUGAACCUAUUAUUUGCCCGCUAUUGUUUGCGGAUUUAGUAUCUCAGAUCUGUGUGAAUGCCUCCAACCAAGAUAUGCUUUCCUGGAGUGAGAGCGUGGCAAAAUUUCGACAAGUAAACGUUGUUGGAGUUUGAGAAUCUUCAACAGAUUCCAGAACUCUUUUCCAUGGCCUGCACUUGGAUAUCAACGUGAUUAAGGUUGUCGACGCGUUUCGUGGAUUUCGAGUGUUUGAAAACGUGGUGUUUAUUACUGGGAUCAACGAAUCGUAUUUACAUAAGUUCAUUAUAUCGUGUUGAAAAUGUAUUUUGUCAGUGCGAGUUAUGCAAUAUGACAUGAAAAACUGACAAGAUUUCCAUUAAAUUUGGUGUUUCUGGGUUA